UACCUCAAACAACUACAGAACCAACUACUGAACUGGCAUCAACUACAGGACCAACUACUGAACUAGCAUCAACAACCAUGGACACUAUUAUUACUACCGAGGAGAUGAUCGGGACCACACCUCUGACCUGUCUCAACAAUGGAAGCCUGGAUUCUGUAACACAAACAUGUAAAUGUUAUAAUGGUUAUAUAGGAGAUACAUGUGAACGUAUCAUGAUGGAUUGUACAGAAGGGUUUAAAUCAGGACAUUAUAAUGAGGAUACGUACGAUAAUUAUUUUAUUAAACCUACUUUAGCCCCAACAGCUUUUGAAGUUCAUUGUAAUAUGAAAGACGGCGGUGGUGGUUCCACACUCAUGAAGAAUUCGGAAUGGUGGCCAUUUGUGAACAGAAAUGAAAACUGGAACACCUAUAAAGAUGGUUUUGGUGAGCUGGAAGAUAAUCAUUGGCUUGGUCUUGACCAGAUUCACUACAUCACCUCAAGUCGUCCACACCAUUUAUUUAUAGAGGUCAUCAGUGAUAUAGACUUGAAAGGAAGAUGGCGGAAAUAUGAAAACUUUAAAGUCAAAGAUGAAUCCACCAAUUAUCGUAUGACGUAUUCUGGGAGUUUUCCAUGGACCCAGUCAGAAUCAAGUGCUGAUCCUGACUGGACCAAAGUCAUCGAGUCGACACCAUUAGGUGAUUCUAUGAUUGGGUUAAACGGUUCAGCUUUCAGUACAUUCGACAGAGAUAAUGAUAUGGAUGCUGGUAGAAACUGUGCUCAAGAGUAUCAAGGUGGUUGGUGGUACAACGCAUGCGCAGAUUGCAAUCCAAAUGGCGAGUUAAAGAUGCCGAGAAAUUCAAAUGCAGUCAAUGAAGCCUUUUGGAAAUAUGAUUUUAUGAAUAACUAUACACCACAUAUAGAGAUGACUCUCAGAGCAGCUUAAAUCGUAUACAUUUUCUGGUAUAACUGUUUCAUUUCGCCA